AUGCCUCCUGACUCCAGCGGUGGCGGCGUGGAUCGUCGUCGACAGCAGAAUAGAGAUGCGCAGAGAAGAAGACGAACCGCACUGAGGAUGCAGAUUGAAGAGCUCCAGGCUAAAAACGAGGAGCUCCAGACGAAGAACUUUGAGCUGCAGACAUUCAAAACUACGACGCUCUGCACCAAAGAGUCUGGUUUUCCGCUGUCCACUGCCAAAAGCCCAAUUCCAUCAAGCUUCUUUGAAGUCAACUCUGCUCGAGAAGCAUUGCCAAGCCGUCCGAUGCCACACCAAUUCUCGUGGAAUGUCGCGGGCAUAGCUUCUGAGAGCUCCCCAGCUUCAGUGUCAUCUGCAGCGAACUCAACGUAUCACAGUCGGCGCCAAUCGCUCCAUGAAAGAAUCACGGGUCGCCCGGUUCCAGAGCCGGCGGGACAAUUCCGCAACACAGUGCCAUCGUCUCUUAGACAGUCCGAGUCCUCUGACAGAAUGCGUCCUCCGGCACUGUCACUCGCAGGGUCCUCUAGCGACGAGUCUACAAGUCCUCUUGACCCAGGAAGCUACCUUGAAGCUGCUUCCGAAACCCUCCGCUCCAUGGACAUUGCUCGGCCGCAUUCGCAAUCCCCAUUGUCCACUUAUUUCAAAACCAAUGUACUCAUGGAUGCUUCAAUGGCAGAAUCAUGGACACCCACAAGAAUCCGGCCAGACUCUUUGUCGACCCGCGAGUGCUUGCCCUGGCCCGACUCCUACGGAAUGCCGAAGCCUACCGGCCAGGGCCAGCACGCCAAGCAGAAGGCCCUGAGGAUUGCCGUCGUCAAUCGGCAGAUUUCGAGUGUAGAGCUGUUGAUCAAAUAUGGCGCGGAUCUGAACUUUAUUGACGAUAACGGACGGACGGUGCUGCACGAUGCUGCCGAGUCCAAUGACGGGGAAAUGGUGCAGAUGCUGCUUGGACGCGGUGCUAACGCUGAUUUAAUGGACAGAGCAGGAAUGACAGCUUUGGAAGUUGCCUCAUCACUUGGGAAUCUAGAAGUGGCAGAGGUCUUGCUAAAAUCAAGCUCGGGGUGA